CGUACCACAAGAUCAAUCUUGAUAUAUUAGCUGUCGCCGCCCAGAGUUGUGAUGGUCCAGGAGUUUCGCCUGUGCUCAUCACAGCCUCCUUGCGCCAGAACCUCCUGUUCCUGGGCCACCGCUUGUUGCCUGCACUAUUGGUAGAGUUGGUCUAUUGCUAGAGUUGGCCAUGCUUCUCACAUCAGUCCUCGGCUCGGCUGCCCUGCUUGCUAGCGGCGCUGCGGCACACGGCGCCGUGACCAGCUACAUCAUCGCCGGCAAGAAUUACCCGGGAUACCAAGGCUUUUCUCCUGCGAACUCGCCGAACGUCAUCCAAUGGCAAUGGCAUGACUACAACCCCGUCUUGUCGUGCAGCGACUCGAAGCUUCGCUGCAACGGCGGCACGUCGGCCACCCUGAACGCCACGGCCGCACCGGGCGACACCAUCACCGCCAUCUGGGCGCAGUGGACGCACAGCCAGGGCCCCAUCCUGGUGUGGAUGUACAAGUGCCCGGGCUCCUUCAGCUCCUGUGACGGCUCCGGCGCUGGCUGGUUCAAGAUCGACGAGGCCGGCUUCCACGGCGACGGCGUCAAGGUCUUCCUCGACACCGAGAACCCGUCCGGCUGGGACAUCGCCAAGCUCGUCGGCGGCAACAAGCAGUGGAGCAGCAAGGUCCCCGAGGGCCUCGCCCCCGGCAACUACCUCGUCCGCCACGAGUUGAUCGCCCUGCACCAGGCCAACAACCCGCAGUUCUACCCGGAGUGCGCCCAGGUCGUCAUCACCGGCUCCGGCACCGCGCAGCCGGAUGCCUCAUACAAGGCGGCUAUCCCCGGCUACUGCAACCAGAAUGACCCGAACAUCAAGGUGCCCAUCAACGACCACUCCAUCCCUCAGACCUACAAGAUUCCCGGCCCUCCCGUCUUCAAGGGCACCGCCAGCAAGAAGGCCCGGGACUUCACCGCCUGAAGUUGUUGAAUCGAUGGAGAACAGACAGCAGGAGCCUGAACCUCGAGCGAUUUUUGGAUAUGGAUAGUGCAUAAGGUUGUUGCAUCUUUCUUCCAGUCAAUGGCAUAGCAUGGCAAGGAGACGAUGUGCAUUUGCCAUUACCCCAAUCAUGCCUACAUAGGUAGUCUCAACAGUUACGUUUGCAUCGAUCUGCAGGUCUCGGCUGGCCGUGAUGCCUAACAAUGUUAUUGCCGCUGCCCAUUCA